GUUCAUGGAUCCGUGAGAAUUCAGUGACUUCGAAUAAAAUAGUAGGGGCAAAACAACUUCGAAGAUGACGCAAUCGCUGCGCGUACGCACAAUAGCGUAGGUUGGAAGUGGCCUUCGUCUUAUAAACACCAAACACAUUACUUAUUGGUAGAGCCCAUAAAUACAUAAGUAGACUAAAAAGCAGAUAUAUUUUCAGGUUAACAUUGAUACUUUGUACGAGUAAAAGAGACCCACUUAGAAAUCGAGAAAAUAUACAUUUAUGUUUUCUUAUCUAACAAUGUGGAAUAUUUGUGUUACAAUAUGAGAUAAGCAGGUUAAAUGCCUACUUCUCAAAAGUAAGACAGUUAUUUGUCUCAUACUUAAGUAUUAAUUUCCAUACUUUAGAUUCCCAGCAAUAUUCCUUCAAAAAUGUCUACAAAAGUGGCUGUAGUGACAGGAUCUAAUAAAGGCCUAGGAUUCGCAAUAGUCAAGGCACUGUGUUCUAAUUGGAAUGGCACCGUCUAUUUGACAUCAAGAGACCAAAGGAGGGGACAGUCUGCGUGUGAGGAGUUAAAGAAUCUGGGACUAUCACCAGUUUUCCACCAGCUGGAUGUCACAGACGAAAGCAGCAUCAAAAAUUUCCGCGACUACAUAGAAGAGAAUCAUCAACAAAUAGAUAUUCUCGUUAACAACGCUGGUAUUUUAUUCUUAAAAGACGCUAUAGAGCCGAAGGAGUUCCAAGCCGAACAGACCGUUUCAGUCAACUUUUUCGCAUUGGCAAACUUUACUGAAGCAAUGUUGCCACUGAUCAAAAAUGGCGGGAAAAUUUUGAACAUUUCGAGCUCAUCUGGUCAUCUCUCUCGGAUCCCUUCAGAGGUGUUGAGACAGAAAUUUAUAUCGGAGGAGUUAUCUUUGCCACAAUUGAAGGAACUGAUGAACGGUUACGUGGAAUCCGUGAAGGAGGGAAGGGAAAUAGAAGAUGGAUGGGGUGACUCGCCGUAUGUGAUCUCUAAGAUAGGAGUGAACGCGUAUACCUUUAUGCUUAGUAGACAAUUAGCUGAUAAAGGCAUCACGGUGAACUGCAUGCACCCCGGCUACGUGAUAUCAGACAUGACACGCGGCGCGGGGUCCGUGACUCCAGAACAGGGGGCCCAACUGGCUCUGAAGCUGGUCUUGGACCCCCCAGGUACCGGUCUCUAUGUGUGGCACGACGGCACCGUGGUUCCUUGGGACGGCCCGGACCCGAGGGGUUUUAUUGACAAGAAGAUGUAACUCUAGGACCGCGAGUAUAUUGAGGGUUUCCUCAGGCUCUGUUUUCACCAGAGAUGUGCGAGGAUGCGUAGCGAGGGAUGUGUUUGUAAGGAAGACUCCUUCUGUAAGACCUUAUCUACACUGUGAAUGCAAAAAGUAUUGAGUAUUGAAGCUAUUCUAGCUUCAUUUACUUCGCUAUUGGUUCUUUACAAACACAUCCCUCGCUACGCAUCCUCGCACAUCUCUGGUGGAAACGCUGGCGAGUAAGGUCCUAUCAAUCGCCAGUGGCGAUUGCAAAUGCGAUAGACCUCUUACCGCUUCAGCGGUCACCAGAAGGCGCCACUGUCUGUCACAAGCGACAUGACCUUACUCGCUAGUGGCGCCAACUGAUGUGCGCCCCUUAAAGGCAGUGAUAUAGACCACAAUAGACGUUCCUUGACGUCAUCUAAAACGUAAUCUUCUGUAAAAAUGUGUAUGCACAUGGGAAAUGUUAUGACUCAUCUACAAAAUGUGCAGGUACUCGUAAACUGAGAUGCAGACGAGCCGGCACAGUUAGACCAACACGUAUUAGUAUGCAUUUCGAAAAAUGUAUCGGGUAUCCACAGCGUUAAAAAGAAAGUUGUUAAGCUCUUGUUUGGGUCUAUUUGCAUCUUGCAUCUCAGCAUACGCGUAACUUUUAGAUGUACUUGAGCACAUCUAUCAUUGAUGAUAGUGUAGUGAAUGAAGCUAAAAUAAUAAAUUUAUCUUUGUAUAGGUAAAUGAACAUGUUUGAUUUUUGUCUCUUGUAAUUAAUUUGUAAUUUAACACGUUUUCAUCAUUCCUUUCGUAAUCAAAGGUUCAGGUGUCAUUAAAAGAGAGCGUUAUAAUAA